GUGGUUCAUUAUUGUAAAGAAGUUGUUGAUGUGUUCGGUGCUAAAUGAAAGUGAUACACCGAAUUGACUAAAGUAGUUAAACGUUUGUGAGAAGACAUGUGAUUCGGAUAAAGUGCCUUUUAUUUAUUAUCAUUAUGACUAUGGUAAAUAAAAUUUUGUGCUUGUAGUGGUCUCCUUUGAUAACUGUUUCCAGGUUUUACUGGAAACAGUUUGGAGGAUUUAUCAGAAAUCGAAGGAAAAUUUCUUCAGUGGACAACAAGCGGUUAAGGAGGUCUCUAUGCGCAACAAGAAACGAAUUAAAUAAAAGAUCGGUGACAUAGAGGUUUUCGGGACAUGCAUGUAUCGACGGGGCCUUUGCUAUGGCUUUUCGUUCUGACGCAGACGAGCUUAGCAAUUGGCCCCACGGCUCACGCUGUGAUCGGCAAGAAAAAAGUUUUAACAGUUGGAUAUUUGACGGCCAUCAAGGGCGAACUGAAGGAUCGGCAAGGUUUGGCCGUCUCUGGUGCCGUCACCAUGGCCCUCAAUGAGAUAAAUAGUAGUCCCGAUAUUUUACCCAAUGUAACCCUCGCCUUACGUUGGAACGAUACCAGAGGCGACACAGUUCAAGCUACAAGGGCCCUUACAGAAAUGCUUUGUGAUGGUGUUUCGGCCCUGUUUGGACCAGAAGGACCGUGUCAUGUUGAAGCCAUUGUAGCUCAGGCGAGGAAUAUACCCAUGAUUUCUUAUAAAUGCUCCGAUUAUAAAGCGUCUUUAGUACCUACCUUUGCAAGGACAGAGCCACCUGACACACAGGUGACGAAAUCCGUGAUUUCCUUACUCCGAUACUAUAACUGGCAUAAAUUCUCUGUGAUCCACGAACAUCCUUGGGAAAAUGUUGCUCAAUCUUUGGAAGAGCAAGCCAAAACUUCCAAUCUGACCAUUAAUCAUAUGAUAGCCGUCCAGGAUCCUCAUAUUUGCUGUGAAAAAAAUUUGCCUUGCUGCCAGAGCGGUUAUUGGUAUCAAGUCAUACAGGAUACCAAGGACAGAACUCGCAUUUAUGUGUUUCUCGGCACCUCGAAGGCUUUGGUAGAUAUGAUGAACACAAUGGAGUCUGCACAAUUGUUCGAAAAUGGAGAAUACAUGGUUAUUUUCGUCGAUAUGAUGACCUAUAGUCCUCGAGAGGCUAAAAACUAUUUAUGGAGUUCAGAACAAUUAUUAAAGAAAGCAUCCUGUUACGAGGAACAGGGUUUUCAGAAACGUGCCAAAAGUUUACUAGUCGUCGUUUCAACGCCUCCAACUAAAAACUACGAAAGUUUCACUGAAAAAGUGCGAGAGUUCAAUGCCAAGGAUCCAUUUAAUUUUUCAACGCCGACGCUGUUUGAACAGAAAAAUUAUAUACAGUUUGUGUCGAUAUACGCCGCUUAUUUGUACGAUUCGGUGAAAUUGUACGCGAGAGCGCUGAAUGAUCUGUUAAGCAGACAUCCUGUGGUCACGGAUGAAAUAAUCGAUGAAGUUGCCAGUAACGGUACCGAGAUUAUUAAGACAAUAGUCAACUAUGGUACUUAUAUAAGUGUGACUGGAGCGACGAUAAGACUGGACAAAAAUGGUGAUUCGGAGGGCAAUUUCUCUGUCCUGGCAUUGAAGCCCUUCAACCUGACCCUGAGGGACGGCGGGACCAACUUUACCUGUGAUCACUCAAUGAUUCCUGUUGGAUAUUUCCUGUCGACGCACACCGGCGGCGCCAGCGAUUCAUAUCCGGCUUAUCAAAUCAACCGACGUCUUCUGGUGGACUGGCCGAAUGGUGUCCGACCUGAGGAUGAACCUUCUUGCGGUUUCCUGAACGAGCAGUGUCCAAAAGACGAUUCUCAUGUGAAUAGUUUAGUUGCUGCAGGAGCCCUGGCGGUUACUUUAUUCUGCACCAGUGUUAUUAUAAUGAGUAUUUAUCGAAAAUGGAAGAUUGAACAAGAAAUUGAAGGUCUGCUGUGGAUGAUAGAUAUACAUGAGAUACAUGGAUAUUUUGGGAAUGAUAUUGUGUCGUCACCCAGUAAGUUAUCUCUAGCAAGUGCGGCAUCGUUCGGUUCACGUUGCAGCAAUCAAUUAUUUACUGCAACUGCAAAAUUCAGAGGUGUAGUUGUACGAAUUGGACAAUGGUCAGGUUGCUUUCUGAAAAUGGACGUGGAUAAGGAGAAUGAUCAUCUCAACAUUUUACUAAAUUGUUAA